UUCAUCUAGAAUCAGCAGGUGGGGGAGGGGGAACCGCAUUCGGUGCGGACCGAGUAGGGAGGAGGGUGGCGGUGGAGUGAACGGCGAGCAGCAUUACCAUGGCAACGGCCCGGGGCCCAGCCUGGCUCGGAGCCGCUGUGUCCGCCCUGCUCUGGCUUAGCCUCAGCUUGACACCCGCCCGCGGACAGAACGAGCCAAAGAUCUCACCAUCUGAAGACGUUGUUUUAAAACCCUCAAGUUCACCUAUCAUCCUAUAUUGUAACCUAACCUUCGCACCAAUUCCCAGCAAUGGCAGUUAUUGGAUAAAAGAUGGAGAAGAGAUUGCUGGGACCAGGAAUUCUUCCGGUGCAAACAGCACAGAGUACAAGAUAAACAAACCUAAAACUGAGAGCUCUGGAGAGUAUCACUGCAUCUUCAUGUUUGAAAACUCGCCUUCAGCCAAUGUCUCCAUUGAAGUCAAAGCACUUCCUGAAAUUGUUGGUCAUAAAAGGAGUGAGAAUAAGAAUGAGGGUCAAAGUGCUCUCAUGUAUUGCAAGUCUGUAGGAUAUCCAUAUCCUGUCUGGACCUGGCACAAGAAAGUGGACAAUGAAAUUAUGGAACUGAAUAAUGCUACUGGUCGCUAUUUCAUCACAAACAAGGGCAACUACUCAGAGCUGAUCAUUGAGAACCUGCACAUUCAGGAUGAUCCAGGCGAAUACUUGUGUAACGCUUCUAAUUACAUUGGACACUCUUUUGUUGUCACUAUUUUGCGAGUUCGUAGCCAUCUGGCACCACUGUGGCCCUUCCUAGGGGUUGUUGCAGAAAUCUUAAUUCUGGUCAUCAUCAUUGUCAUAUAUGAGAAACGAAAGCGACCAGAUGAAGUCCCUGAUGAUGAUGAGCCAGUUUCUGGACCAAUGAAAACCAAUUCCACAAACAAUCAUAAAGACAAGAACCUGCGUCAGAGAAACACCAACUAAUCCUUGGUUAUCAGAACUUUGAAUUUCUGAAGGUCAUUAUCAAAUAGCAUGGCUAUCAGUCAAGGACUCUGGAGAUUGUUGGUCUGAAUGGAUGGGUUUCGAUCUUCCCGCUGUCUCAGCAGGAAUAAGAUGGCUGUGUGAAGCAUGUUUUGCCUUAUUCAAUCUCUGAAGAAUAAAGUAUUAAGAAGAUUGCUUCGCAAAUUUAUUUCUGAUUAUUUCAAAUUGAUAGAGUGUACUUUGGGCGCUUGAUAUGCUAUUUAUUGAUGCUUGAAUGUCUUCCCCCACCCCCUUCGCCACUCCUUUCACUUCCUGCGAUUCUGUUUAUGUGGAUGCAUGCAGUGUUUAUUAUUUCCUGUGUGCUCAUUCAUACAUUACUCAUCAUGUGGCGCUCCCUAACUCCAUGAUUCCUUUCACUCUGUACUGGAACACUUGCUAAAUAACUGUCACUCACAUGACAUUUGAUUUGAAUUUGUAUAUAUUGCAAAUAUUAGUGUCCGGCAAAUCAGAAGCAUAUAAAGAAAUGUAUAGUCCUAUUGCACUGAUUUGAUAGAAAUUUAAGGCUAAAAUAUAUAUCUCUCUUCCACUGCCAUUUCAUAAGCCCUAUUCUUGGUGUUACAUUCUAGCACAGUCAUUGCAUGGUAGUGUCCUAUGCAAGCUUGAACAAGUAAUUUAUUAACCAUCUCUUUUGUUUUCCUUUCAAAGUACUGUUCUGAAAUCCACCCUGCGUUUUGUUUGGACACUAAUAAAGCUUUAAUGUUGUGACUUCCUUUCCAAAGUAAUUUUGGGUGUGUAAAUGCAUGAGAUUGCACAUUUACCUGUGGUUAUUAUAAUCAUUAAUCUAACUCCAUGUACAGUAUGUUGACCCACUGAUUUUUAAAAAUAAACAAUGACAUUGAAAACUGGGUUAUUUGCAUGACAUUUGUCAAGGGUUGAAAUGAGGACAUUGCAUUUAAUUGUGUGGUGCUGCCUUUUGAGAAGAGAUUGGGGAGGAAUCUUCAGGGAAUGCUCUUUGAUAACCAGCUAGUCUGGACACUGACGUCUUGAUUAAACCCUAAUGUCCCCAGUAUGCAGUGUAACAUUUGGCCUUGGCCUGAAGUAGCCACAAUUUCCUGAAAGUAUCAUUAAAUAUCUUCAGCCAAUACUAGAA